CUACCGGAAGGGGGAGGAGAAGUGUCGUGACAAAAUCGUUCCGACCGAGACCCGUGGCUGAGGGCACUUCCGGUCCGCCCGCGGGGUGUUCUUCUCUGGGGGCGGGGCACGUGCCUUCUCCGCCGGCCCAGACCGCUCUGGACUCUCGAGUUCCUUUCUCGCCACUAGUCAGGGAGCUCCCGAGCUGGCUUGAGCUAUGGAAGCCUAUUCGGUUUCCUGAAAAUGAAUAUGGGCAAACAUAGUUAAAAGAAAUUCUCCUCAAAAAGGGCUGUGGGAAGAUGAGUUUGUCGGGGAAUGAGAAGCCUGAGGGCUCUUGGACAAGAUCGCAGUCGGCAAUGUCCAGCUGUGGAGAGGAUCCACUUGGUGAGAAAGGACAAGCCACCAGGCUUCUGGGUCCUGGAGAACCGGCCAAGCAAAAGGGCAGUGGUCCUGUAGUGUCUGCCUUUAAACAAGCCAAACUGGAAAAAGAGGCCCAGAAGAACUGGGACCUGUUUUACAAGAGAAAUAGUACCAAUUUCUUCAGAGAUAGACACUGGACCACCAGAGAGUUCGAGGAACUGAGGUCCUGUAGGGAGUUUGAUGAUCAGAAGUUGACUAUCCUUGAAGCUGGCUGUGGGGUUGGAAACUGUCUAUUCCCACUUCUAGAAGAAGAUCUAAACAUCUUUGCUUACGCCUGUGACUUCUCACCCCGGGCCAUCGAGUACGUUAAGCAAAACCCUCUGUAUGAUGCUGAGCGAUGUAAGGCGUUCCAUUGUGAUCUAACCCAAGAUGAUCUCCUGGAACAUGUCCCAGCAGCCUCUGUCGACGUGGUCACCUUGAUAUUUGUGCUUUCUGCUGUUCAUCCUGACAAGAUGCACCUGGUCUUGCAAAAUGUUUACAAGGUGUUAAAGCCAGGUAAAUGUGUCUUGUUUCGUGACUAUGGGAUGAACGAUCAUGCGAUGCUUCGGUUUAAAGCUGGCAACAAGCUGGGAGAAAAUUUUUACGUUAGACAAGAUGGCACCAGAGCGUAUUUCUUUACUGAUGGAUUCCUGGCUCAGCUCUUCAAGGCAACAGGAUAUGAAGAAGUGGUCAAUGAGUAUGUGCUCCGAGAAACUGUGAAUAAAAAAGAAGGCCUAUGUGUACCAAGAGUUUUUCUUCAGAGCAAAUUUCGGAAGCCUCCAAGAACACCGUAAUUCUCGCUAUUGUGGCUACAAGUCUUAGUCCUUCACAGAAUCAAACAACUUGGGGCAGAGGCUCACGGUUAAAAGUUAAUAGUUUAGUCACAAUUUAGGAAUCCAGUUUUUCAGGGGAUCUGCAAUCUCCCAGAUGGGGACCUUUCCUCCAAUGUGAGAGCACAGGCCAUCCACACCCCAUUCUCCCCAGUUCUUGUCCGGGUCCUCCCCAGGUGCUCUAUGGAGGUUCCCCAGCACCCACUGGAAGCCUUCUUGGGUCAGACUUCUUACCUUGUGUUGGGGAACUUUUCUCAAACAUAUUUCAGUACAUUUGGUCUUCUUUGUAAUCCUAUGCAUCUCAUGCAUUUAACAACAUGAUUCUGAGAACAGGUGUUCUAGGUUUCACAGACUCCCAGAGGGUCUGAGAUACAGACAGAGGUUUAGGACCCCUGCUCAGGGUUGCCCAUGGGGAUUUGGGAGCCCUCUCGGUCAUGCAACCGGCCUACCCCUUUGUUCAAGAACAUUCUAGGGGAUACCUUUCAUGACUAAUGGGCAGCAGCUUGAAAUUUUAGCCAAGUUAGCUCUCGGUCUUGUGCUCCCAUUUGUUGCCCUCCAUGUCUCCUAAGUUGACUCCAUGCAAGGAACCAUGAAGUCCUUCACUGGAGGGAGUCAUCAUGUGAUGCUGACCCACUGGCACGUUGGGUGUUGAACCCUCAGGCACGCAGGACCAUGUGCCAGCAGGAGAUACUAGUCGCCCUCCCAAGACUGAAGAGAGUGGGAGCCAAGUACCCCAGUCUUGUUUCAGUAAAUACAGUCGGGAGGUGUACACACACCAGGGGAAAUAGAAGAUGUGGCUCAUGGCUUUUGAGAUCCAGAAGGACAAGAUCUUGAUAUCUCUUGUCUAGCUGGACAGUACCUUGCUGCUAACUUGAUUUCCACGGUUGAACUAUUAGAAAAGUCUAGAGGAAGAUCCCAGUACAGCUUAAUUUUACCACAAAUGCAGAUUUCCCCAGCAGAUUAUGGAACUGUCCUUUGAGUAGAAGAGAACUUAAAGGACUGGAUUAUUAAAGAGUGUGGGGUUAACCUUGCCAUUUGAAGAGCAGUUGUUCUGUUCUUCACUGUCAGCUCCAGGCUCCCGAAUUCUGUUUGUCCUUGUGCACUAUGAUGUCCCAUAAAUGGUUAUUUUGGGAAUUAUUUUAAAACAAGCCAAGAGAAAAGUCGAAUUUAUAUUUUUAUUGAAAACAAAGACAUUUUUAAUAAAUUUAUUUUGUAAUCUU